AUGCAAAUAAUGCGGAAAUUGGCACUUACCGGUAUUGCCGCUGCUGAAAUCAAUAGUAUGACCAUCCAUUCAUUUUUGGAUGAACAGCGCAACUCUGGAAAAGUACGUAUGAUUAAACCAGGCGAUUCAAAACUCGAAAAGGAAUGGGCCAAUGUUGAAUACCUCCUAAUUGAUGAAAUGAGUAUGGUUGGUUUAACUCUACUUGCGAAACUCAACCAAAUCAUCUGUGCUGCAAAACACGCUGAUCCUCAAGUUUCAUUUGGUGGCGUACAUGUUAUUUUCUUUGAUGAUUACUUACAAUAUCGAUCUGUAUAUGACGUACUUCUACAUACAGAUUUCUCUUUACCGGUCAAAAAAUUAUCUGAUAGAAAAACGGAACAUUUACCAGGUCUAUUACCUCUUGUUCCUAGAAUGUCUGUUAUUUUAACGCAAAAUAUUGCAAUUGAAUGGGGUCUUAUCAAUGGUGUGAACGAAAUCUUUCAACAACUUGUCUACCAGGAAGACUCAGUAUCAACUGAUGUUAUUUCAGAAGAAUUUCCUAACAAUGCACGAUAUGUUCAUCGAUCUUUGUACGCCUUAGUGGAAAUCAACAGAUCAAAGAUCGAAUGUAACUUAGAACAACUUGAACCAAAGCUGAUUCCAAUACCGGUAAUGGAACAAACAUUUCGAGUUGAUAUAAGUGAUAUUAUUCCAAAAGAUAAGAAGCCAAAAUCAAAUCGAAAAGCAAUUUUAUCCGUUAAACGACAUGCAUUGCCGUUUGUACUAUCCUACUAUAUUACAACGCACAAGAGGCAAGGUCAAACCUUAAAUGAAAUUGUAAUAGAUUUAAAACUAUCUAAUAAAAUCGAUGAUAUUGCUGCAAUCUACGUACCUUUGUCGCGGGUAACACGUUUGACUGAUUUGGUUAUAUUGCGAUAUUUUGAUUAUAAGGUAUUGUUAAUCAAACCCAGCAAGUCACAGCUAGCAGAAGUUGAACGACUCGAUAAGCUACAUUUUAGAGACCCAAGCGAGUUUUUCAGAAUGAUUCUAACACCUUUUCUGCUUUGAAUGAAAACUAUUGUCGUUUGUAUCAAUUUUUGAAUACAGUUUUCCUUUAUAAAUUACUUAUUCUGUGAUGUAUACAUUUUAAUACUUUUUAUUAUUCGUGCUGCAUGCAUUUGCAGUAUUUUUUUUCUUUAUUAUCAUAUACCAUGAUAUGUGCAAUAUCCAUGUACUACCUGUUUCUCUGCAUUCAUUGAAUGUUUUUCUUUUUUUUUCUGUUAUAAAUUUAACAUCUUUGUAACUCCUGAUUAGUUGUCGAAUUUCAGGAAUAAACGCGCUCCGCCAUAAUACCACCUCAUUUUACUAAUUAAAUCAUUUUAUCAUACGAUGUGAAUACGAUGGCCUGUACAUUUGAUAAUGAAAUCAUGUUUCAUUUUAAGCAUUUUUUAAGCUAAUACUUUGGUGCAGAUGUAUUCUGGUUGAGAUAUAGUCGAAGUAGUCCAGGAGAACUAUAUCUAGCUCCGAUAAUUGAAACUAACCUCUUUCAAUUCAUUAUUAUUGUUUGAUCGAAUCAUAUCCUCCUAGUAAAUAGCCCUAUCACCUAACACUAUUAUCAGUAAUCGCCGUUCCAUAGUCUGAAUAAGUUAUUGGUGUUGAAAGAAACCUUAUUUCCAUCUUAAAAACCAUAGAGAAUUUCAAUAUAUUCUUAUAAUUGCUGCAAUGUAAAAGAUAGAAUUUUAAGAAAGAUAUCUUUCUAAGACUUCAUUAAAUGAAUAUGGCAAUGAGAAACAAUAAUUUUAUGUGAAUUAAUUCUUAUAAUUUGAACCUGACUAUCUAUUAAUAGCCAACCAUCACAUCAUUGUGACAGAUACUAUUGAGUAAUUUUAAUAUUUUCAGAGAUUUUUAUAGCAUACUACAAUAGUAUAUCAAUGUCAUAAACUCAUCAGUCGAGGGUUAAGCGAGUCGCAGCGACGAACGUUACUUGUUUAUCUAUGCUGAGAUAUGUCCAGAAUAAAUGAUGUUGCUAACAUUUGCUGGACACCCAAUAUAUGCUCGAUCAAACUGAUUGUCUUUCCCUACGAUUCUUUUGUUUCUGCUUUGUAUAGAAAAAACCUAAAUCUUGCAGCGAAAGCAAUGUAUUCUCGCAGUCACAGUCGAUGAGUAAAUAUCUGACAAGUUAAGUUGCAGAUGAAUAAAUAAAAAAACCUCAAAGACUUAUCCAUAAAGAUUAAGUCUUAAAACUAAAUAACAAUAAAUUUUGUUUUUUUUAUUUAUGUUAUGAAACAUGCCAAUUCAAUGAAAAUAAUUCCUAUUUCAACUUAACUCAAUCUACUAUGGAAAACCUCAAAAAAUCAAUCGACUUGAAAUGGUAUAUAUUGGAUUGUCAUAUAACUUCUGUAGGUUUUUUUGUUCACCAAGAAAUUUGUUUUACGACAAAAACAUGCAACAUCAAUCAACAAUAUAAUAGCCAUUAUUUACGACAACCUUCGACCAUCUUGCUGGUAAUUGUUCAAUCCG